AUGGAAACAUUGUCAAGAGUACGCAGUAACCUGACAUUGGUCACUACAAAGAAUGAUGAAGUGUUAUUAUGUGAAAACAAACUGGUUAUUCCAAACACUCUUCAUCAGCGAGCAAUUGAACUGGCCCAUGAGGGACAUCAGGGAAUUGUGAAAACAAAACAAUUACCGCUGGAAAAAGUUUGGUUCCCCGGUAUAGACAAAAAAGUCCAAGAAAUGUGUAAGGGAUGUAUUCCGUGCCUUGUAUCAGUACCUAAGACAAAUACCGAACCUUUACGGACGACAGAACUUCCAGAAGUUCCGUGGACCAGAGUAAGCAUGGAUUUUUGUGGACCAUUCCCGUCAGGAUCAUACUUAAUGGUACUUGUGGAUGAUUACUCAAGGUAUCCAGUCGUUGAGAUACUAUCAAAUGAGUCAGCACGUACUGUCAUACCAGUACUAGACAAAAUCUUUGCAAUGUUUGGAAUUCCACAAAAGCUCAAAACGGACAAUGGACCGCCGUUUAAUGGAAACGAAUUUCAGAAAUUUGAGGAGGAUUUAGGUUUCAAACAUCAAAAGGUUACACCAUUAUGGCCUCAAGCAAAUGGAGAAGUAGAGCGCUUCAUCAGGACUCUAGGAAAGUCGAUUCGCGCUGCUCAUGCUGAAAAUCGUGUGUUGAAACAAGAACUAUUCCGUUUCUUACGUAAUUAUCGAGCAACACCUCACACUACAACAGGUGUAUCGCCCUCAGAAUUACUGUUUGGACGAAACAUUCGCGUCAAGAUACUGAGCAUUGAAGUCAAAACUAGCGAUGACUCCAUUGUGAGAGAAACUGACAACAAAAGAAAACAAAAGAUGAAGGAGAAAUUAGACAGCACAAGGCAUGCUACUGAAUCAAAGCUAAAAGUAGGUGACACCGUUCUUGUUAAACAGAACAAACAUGACAAGCUGACAAUCCCAUUUGAUCCAAAACCAUACCGAAUAAAUUCUAAGAAAGGAUCCAUGGUGAAAGCUGAAAGAAACAAUCAUCAAAUUACCAGAAAUUCUUCAUUUUUCAAACGAGUUAUAACACCACCAUCGGAACAAUGCCCCGAGGAGGAGGAAGAAAGAAACAUGCAUGAUAAACCAAGCAUCAGGAGGUCCGCACGACGAAAGAAACCAUCGAAUCUAUGGAAAUAUUUUGUGUAUGCAUGA